AUGAAGCAACCGGACCGUUUCCGCGAAGCAGGUUUGAUUUUCUUGCCCUGUAUAGCGUUGCAAGGGAUUUACAAUGAUCCUGCAGGACAUGCUACAUUGCUUUACGGGGCAACGUGCGCCGUGAUCUUCAUCUCGUGUAUCUUUGGCUGGUGGGUUUUCUACCUACCUUUCAUCGCCACGACAGCAGUCGUGGUCACGUUCCUGGUCAUGUCCAGAAAGUUCCUCCUCCGCGACCAGAAACCCGAGUCCCUGAAGGUCAUCACGAUCACAGCCAUUGUGUCCCUUGUUGCUUCCGUGGCCCUGUUCAUCAUCCUCUGCUUUUGCGAGGUGUUCACUCCGUCGCAAUCCCGACAACCCUUCCGGUCCCAAGCAGGUGCAUCGCCCAUGACGCGUAUCAUGCGUAGAAACGAGGACCCAACCGGGGCAUUUGUGACUGCUGGACCCGGUGGGGAUGACUGUGGCCACGGGUUGCAAGACUGCCGGAUCCAGGGUGGACACACGAACUUUGCCAGGCGACACAAGAUCGUUGGGAGUUGGGGCAUGCCGGCCUGGAUGCUGCCGCCCAUCAUGGUGGUGAAUCACCGGAGCAGCGGCCUGUUUUCUCCAUCGGUGCCCUCGGAAGAUCCCCUCCCUGCAUGAUUAACUUUACUAUAUACUGUAUCAUUAAUAAAGUGCAUACAAUUUUUGUUGUUGGAAUAUAUUUUUUCAUAAUUGA